AUGCUGCCUAUAACUCUUAUACUAGGGGCCUUGAUUGCUCUGUUCAUUCUAUACCGUAUCCUAUCGAUUGGUCGGCGACCCAAGAACUAUCCACCUGGGCCUCCAACGCUGCCAAUACUGGGAAACAUUCAUCAAAUGCCCUCGAGGGACGCACAUCUACAAUUUGAAAAAUGGGCCCGAGAGUAUGGGCCUGUUUACAGUCUCAUGCUCGGAACUAAGUGUCUUGUCGUCCUUUCAAGCGAUGAGGCCGUUAAGGAUCUUCUCGAUAAAAGAAGCAGCAUCUAUUCAGAUCGCCAGGAGAUGUACAUUGGGCAAACACUUUGCAGCGGAAACCUCAGGUUACUAAUGAUGGGCUAUGGCCCCAAAUGGCGCAGUUUCCGCAAAAUGGUCCAUUCUUUGUUGAACGUAACAACUUCCAAAAAAUAUCUCCCAUAUCAGAUAUUGGAAAAUCGCCAGAUGCUUUUUCAAUUCCUGAAAGAGCCACAUGACUUUUUGAAUCAUAUUCGAAGAUACUCCAAUGCACUAACAACCACUAUGGUAUUUGGAUGGCGGACUCCAACCUAUGAAGAUCCAAAAAUGAUGCAACUUUUCGAUGGCUUUUCCGAAUUUGCAGAAAUCAACCAAACCGGCACAGCAGCUAUCAUCGACUUUUUCCCAUUUCUGCGAAAAUUGCCGGAGUUCCUUCUUCCGGCACAACGAAAGGCCAAAGAAUUGCACCGCAAUGAAAAGGCACUUUAUCUCAGCCACUGGUUGAAGGCAAAAUCUGACAUCAAAAAAGAUAUCAUUAAGCCUUGCUUCAGCGAGGGUAUGUAUAAAGUGCAGCAAAAGGAAGAAUUCAGCGAUGAUCAGGCUUCCUACAUAUCGGGAACUCUCUUGGAGGCAGGAUCCGACACAACGUCAAGCACGCUGUACGCUUUUGUUCAAGCCAUGCUACUGUACCCUGAUGUCCAACGCAAAGCACAGGAAGAGAUUGAUCGUGUUGUUGGACCAGAUCGACUGCCCGGGAUGGACGACCUUGCAGAUCUGCAGUAUAUUCGCGGUUGCAUGAAGGAAAGUUUAAGAUGGAUGCCGACAACUAUUUUGGGCGCAGUGCCUCACGCAGUCAUUCAAGAUGAUGAAUAUAAGGGUUACUUGAUACCAAAGGGUGCAGGUGUACUGAACAAUGUUUGGGCUAUUGGUAUGGACCCAAAACGACAUCCAAAUCCCCGAGUCUUCAACCCCGAUCGGUACAAGGAUGAUGUUCAAAGCUUCGGCGAUGCCGCAGCCAGCCCUGACCCUGCUAAGCGAGAUGCAUUUACCUUCGGGGCAGGACGUCGCAUUUGUCCGGGGAUUCAUGUUGCCGAAAGGAGUCUCUUUCUUGGAAUGGCAGGCAUACUUUGGGCUUUUACAAUUAAGCCAGCCAAGGACCCCCAUGGUAACGAAAUUAUUCCAAAUGCUGAUCGUCUUACCCAAGGGUUUGUUUGUAUGCCAGAACCGUUUCCUGCAAGUAUCACGCCAAGGUCAAAUGAACGAGAAGCCAUGGUGAUUAAGGAAUGGAGGCUUCAAGAGAAUCUUCUUGACACUGAAAAACAAUGGCUCAACUCGCCAGUGGAAAAAAGUGUCUGA